AUGCCGAAGCGCGUUCACAGUGCUAGUGAUCGCGAUGAUGAUGCUGAACCAUCUAGUAUUCAAAGUGCAUCAAAACGUAGUCGAAAAGCAAUUGAUGAUCGAGAAAUUAAUGAUCUUUGUCAAGAAUUAUAUGAUGCUAUACGUGCUUAUAAAUCCGAAGAUGGUCGAAUAGUUUGUGAAAAUUUAAUACGUUUACCUAGUAAAAGAACACAUUCUGAUUAUUAUACAUUAAUAAAACAACCAAUUGAUUUAAUUCGUAUACAACAAAAAAUUCGUACUGAUGAAUAUCAAACAUUAGAACAAUUUAUUGAUGAUAUUGAAUUACUUCUAACAAAUGCAAAAACUUUCUACCGAAAAAAUUCCAAUGAAUGUCGUGAUGCAAAUGAUUUAUCAAAAUAUUUCUAUUCGAAAAUAAAUAAUGAAAAUCCAAAUCAAAAAAGAAUAUCAAAAAAAAAUCAUGAAAUCGAUAAUGAAGAAGUCAUUGAAAAAAAAAGACGUGGAAGUCGUCAAUCAAAUGAAAUCUUAACAAAUGGUACAACUAUAAAAGUUGAAUGUGAUGAAUCAAAUAAUAAUAAUAAUAAUAUUUCCAUUGAUACAUAUUAUUUCGAAGAAUUUUUUACAGCUAUUUAUAAUGCAAAUAUCAAUGAACGUAUUAUGUCCGAAAUCUUUUUAUUUUUACCUUCACGAAAACUUUAUCCAGACUAUUAUUUAAUUGUAACAAAUCCAAUUGAUUUAAAAAUGGUAGCUAUGAAAAUACAAAAUAAUCAAUAUUUAACAUUAGAUGAUAUGGAAAAUGAUUUAUUAUUAAUGAUUUCUAAUGCGAAAAAAUAUAACGAUCCAAAAUCACAAAUUUAUAAAGAUGCAUGUGCAUUACGAAAGCUGAUAACAACAGUUCGACAUGAACUUGAAUUAGCUUUAAAAACAAAAAAUGAUCGAUUAAGAUUACGUAAACGUGAUGUACUUUUAUCAUUAGAAAUAGCAAAUAUGGAUUAUCCAGAAGAACCCGAUGAUGAAGAUGUUAUACGAAUACAACAAGAUCGACAACAACAAAAUGAUGAUGGAAUUGAUUCAGAUACAAGUUCAUUGAGUGAAGAAGAAGAUUCUUUUAGAAUUUUAUAUAAUGCUGUUAAAACUUAUAAACUUGGUGCACAAAGUCUUAUUGAUCCAUUUAUGAAAUUACCUAAUAAAAGAUUUCAUCAAGAUUAUUAUGAAGAAAUAAAAAGACCAAUUUCUAUGUCAUUGAUUAAAAAUUAUAUUAAAAAAGGACGAUAUAAUAAUGUAACUGACCUUUUUGAUGACUUUAAAUUAAUGUUUAAUAAUGCUAUGCAAUAUAAUCAAGAAGGCUCAUUGAUAUAUAAUAGUGCUAGAAAGUUGUUAGAUGUUGUUCUUGUAAAAGCUCACGAACUUGGAUAUGACGAACACAAACCACGACUAAAAGAAGCUCAUGUUAAUAUUUCAGUGACUCCAAUCAAAGAAGAAUAUAUAGAAUCAUUGGUUAAUCAUCAAUGUCAAUCACGUAAUAAUCAUUCUUCAUCGUCACAAUCAUUAAAUCUUCAUUCACCUAACACUCCACGAGGUCGUCCAUCAAAAAAAAUUCUUAAAUAUACUGAACAAAAUAUUAAUAAUCUCUAUACUUUUAUUCGAGAAUAUCGAGAAAAUAAUAUUAAUUUAAUAACACCAUUUUUACAAUUACCAUCUUCAAGUGAAUAUUCAGAUUAUUAUGAAUCUAUUGAACAACCUAUCGAUAUGUCUAUGAUAAAAGAUAAAAUGGAUAAAGGACAAUAUAAACGUGAACAAGAUAUUGUUGAGGAUUUAAAUCGUAUGUUUAAGAAUGCAAAAACUUAUAAUGUUGAUGAAUCAAAUAUAUAUAAAAAUGCUUGUCAACUUGAAAAUGUAUUAGCUAUUAAAUAUAAAAAAUUAAUGAAUAAAAAAGAAAAAUUUUUUAAUAACUUAAUUUCAAAUCGUACAGUUAAUCAAGGAAUAAUAAAAAAAUCUUUAAAUUCUUCAUCAGCGAAUACAUUAAAUGAUAAAUCAAAUAAUUUAAUUCAAACAAUUAAAACUUAUACAGAUCAUCAUGGGCGAAUAUUAUCUACAGUAUUUUUAACCUUACCAUCAAAAAUUGAUUAUCCGGAUUAUUAUGAAAUAAUUCAACGACCAAUUGAUCUUAAACGUAUUGAAUCACGUCAAUAUUCAUCAAUUAAUGAUUUAUCUAAUGAUUUACAACUAAUGUUAGAUAAUGCUUGUUUAUAUAAUGAACCUGGUUCGACAAUUUAUCGAGAUGCACUCUCACUUCAACUAAUUUUAAUUAAUCAAAGAAAAAAAUUAACCAAUGCUGAAUUCAAUGUUAAUAAUGUACAGAAUUUAGUUCAAGAUUUAUUAUGGGAUUUAUUUAUACAGACAUUUAAUGCUGAAGAUUCCAACGGUCGUUUUUAUACUGAUUCGUUUGCUGAAUAUUCAGAACAAACUGACAAUGAACCAUUUGAUAUUGUAUAUACAUAUGAUCUAAUUAAACAAAAUCUCAAUCAACGACGUUAUCGACGAUUAGAUAUUUUUCAAGAUGACUUAUUUAAAGUUUAUCAAGAUACAAUUGAAUUACAAAAAUAUUACAUUCGUUUACGUGAUGAAAUAUGUUCUCAUGGCAAUCUGCUUCAUUCACCAGCGCUUUUAUUUAAUGAAAAUUCUCUACAACAAAAACUUGUUUGUGAACGAUCAGAAAAAGAUGCCUUAACAAAUAAUAAUAAUAAUCAGAACAGUAUAUCAACAAUAAAAUCAUCUGAUACUGAUGAAAACCAAGAAUCUUCGACAAAGUUUACAUUAUCAACUGAAAAUAGUUCAUUAUCGAAAGGUGAAACAUUUUAUAUCGGUGAUUUUGUUUAUAUCGAACCAAAUGAUGAAACAAGUGAAGCACAUAUAAUUUGUAUUGAAUCAUUUGAACAUAAAGAUAAUGAAGAUUAUUUUAAUGGUUUACAAUUUUAUCGUCCAAAUGAAACAUAUCAUUUACCAACAAAAAAAUUUCUUCGUCAAGAAGUUUUUCUAACACAAACAAUUGAACAUAUACCAAUGAAUAAAAUUCAAGGUUUAUGUCAUGUUUUACUUGUAAAAGAUUAUUUUAAAUAUCAACCUAUUAUUGAAAAUGAAACAAAUACAUUAUUAAAAUUUCAAGAUUUAGAUAAAGAUAUAUAUGUAUGUGAAUCACGUUAUAAUAUAAAAACAAAAAUUGUUAAAAAAAUAAAAUGGUGGAAUUUACCAGAAAAUAAACGUGUUAAAUUAAUUCCAAGAGAAACUAUACUUGAACCAAUACGUGAAUCAUUAACUCUCAAUAAUGAUAAUUUAUUACAUAGUCAAAUAAUAAAUGAUAAUGAUUUAAUAAAUGUUGAUAUUAUUGAAAAAAUUAAAGAAAUCAUUCCAUAUGAUGCUGUUAUUAAUGAAAAAUUAAAUGAAAAUUUAAUAGAAAAAAAACAAUUUUAUGAACAAAUUGUUGUUUCAUCAAAUUGUUUUUAUAAAAUUGGAGAUUAUGUUUAUUUUCAUGAAAAUAGUACUCAAUUAGAUCGACGAUCUAUAUUACGAAUCGAUAAAAUUUGGAAACAUAAUGAUUCAUAUGCAAUUAAUGGUCCACUUUUUAUUCGACCAUGUGAUGUAACUAGUCGAGAACAAUUAAUAAUAACAACGAAGUCUUCUUAUGAACGAGAAGUUCUUAAAUGUGAUGGUUCAAAUAGACAAAUUUUAGUUGAAAAUAUUAUAGGAAAAUGUUCCGUACUUUCACUUAAGCAUUAUUGCACUUACCGUUUAACUGAAAUUCCUGAAUGUGAUGUUUAUAUAUGUGAAUCACAAUAUAUUUCUGAUGGUCAUAGUCUUCGAUCAUUAAUAAAAGGAUUAAAAAGACCAUCAUUAUCAUUGAAAGCAUUAGCCGAUGAAAUCUGGACUUUUCGUAAAGAACUUUUGCUUCGACAAGAUACUCCUGGUGGCCCGUUCAAAUUGAUCGACGAUGGCUCGUUUAUGGACGCGGAUGAUCAAACAAAUAGCAAUCAUGCCAGUAACGUCGAUGGAGAUGAGCAUCAAUCGAAUCAUUUGAACUUUGAUACGGCCAACACUAGUAAUAAUAACAUUACGAAUAAUAAUCUGAAUUCAUCAUCAGUACAAAGUCGAAAUAAUAAUAGUCGUAAAAAUAAUAGACGUGGAUCAUCAGCUCGUGCACCUUGUGGAUACCUUGUAUUUGCAAGUGAAUCACGAAAACGACUUAUUAAAGAUAAUCCGGGCAUUCCAUUCGGUGAGAUGAGUCGAAUGAUUGGUGAUCAGUGGCGACGAUUGACCGCAACUGAACGUGAUAAAUAUGAAGAAAAAGCGCGUGAACGAGCAAGAGAACAAGAGGUUAGUAGUGCACCAACAACAACACAAGCAACAACAAACACUACUACAACAAAUUACGAUUCACAUAAUAUGCCAGUUAUUAAUACACAACGAAUGGUAAAUGGUGGUGUUACAGUAAAUGGACAUUAUCAAACGAAUCAAACUUUAUCAAAUGUCCAUCCAAUGAAUGGAAAUAUGCAAACAAUACCAAAACCACCUGCAAAUGCAAUUGUUACAUGUCCACCACGAACACAACGACUUGUUCAUUCAGAAGCCUAUUUAAGAUAUAUUGAAAAUCUGAAACCUGAUAAUCAAUUCAUAUCCGAUUGGCCAAAACAAUUAAAAGCUUCAAUGAAUAAUGUAUCAAAUACAAAUAAUGGAAAUAAUACGUCACGAACAUUACCAUCUAAUUGGUUUUUAAAUGGUAGUCCCGGUCUUUAUAAUAAUGUUCAUGAAGCUUUAUGGUCAAUGAGAGAUAAUAUGUGGUCAGACGUUAUUCGUAUUCGAAAUGUACUAUCAGAUGAAUGGUAA